AUGGGCCUGCUCGCAUACGCUGGGACUGCUGCACUCGCCCUCGCAGGCUUGCUCGCCCUCGCCGUCGCGCUCAACGUCGCCUGGCAGCUCCUCGCUCCGAGGGACCCGAGGAGACCACCACUCGUGUUCCACUAUGUCCCCGUCAUCGGAUGCGCCGUCAGCUACGGCAUGGACCCGCUCGGAUUCCUCGACGAGUGCAGGCGGAAGUACGGACCCGUCUUCACCUACCCUCUCCUCGGACGCAAAAUCACCGCGACCCUCGGCCCGCUCGGUAGCAACUUUGUCCUGAACGGCAAGCUCGCGCACGUCAACGCCGAGGAGGCCUACACGCACUUGACCACCCCCGUCUUCGGUACUGAGGUCGUCUACGACGUCCCGAACCAUGUCUUGAUGGAGCAGAAGAAGUUUGUCAAGUUUGGGUUGACGACCGAAAACUUCCGCCGCUACGUCGGGUUGAUCAGGCAGGAGGUGCUCGACUACAUGUCGAAGCACGUCUAUGCCGAGGGCACCAAGACCGUCUCGCCCGGCAUCGAUGCCUUCGAUACCUCGUCCGAAAUCACCGUCCUCACCGCUUCUGCGACUCUCCAAGGCCGCGAAAUCCGCGCCGCGAUGGACAAGAGCUUCGCCCAGCUGUACCACGACCUCGACGGAGGAUUCACUCCUUUGAACUUUGUAUUCCCCAACCUCCCGCUCCCCUCGUACCGCCGCCGCGACCGCGCCCAGGCCAAGAUGCGCGAGUUCUACAUUUCGAUCCUCGAGAAGCGCCGUGCUUCGACCGAGGAGCCGGACCUCGACAUGCUCACGGCCCUCCAGAACCAGGAGUACAAGACUGGCGAGCCUCUCACCGACAAGCAGAUUGCGCACAUCAUGAUCGCCCUCCUCAUGGCCGGCCAGCACACGUCCGCCGCGACCGGCGCAUGGGCGAUCCUCCGACUUGGCGAGAACCAAGACCUCCAGCGACGACUUUACGAGGAGCAGCUCGAGUACCACCUCGACAAGGAGAGUGGGAAGCUCCGACCGCUCGAGUACGAGACGCUCUCGACUCCGCUCUUGAGCGCAUUCAUCAAGGAACUCCUGAGGAUGCACCCGCCCCUCCACUCGCUCAUGCGCAAGAUCAUCCUCGACUGUCCCGUCCCUACCUCCGUCGGUGCGCCCUCGGCCGAACCGCACGCGAGCGAGUCGUUCAAGAAGCGCAACGAAGGCGCCGAGUACGUCAUCCCCAAGGGCGAGUACGUCCUUGCUGCGCCCGGGUACAGCCAGGUCGAUGAGGGUAUUUGGGGCAAAGAUGCAAAGGAGUUUAGGGCCGAGCGGUGGUUGGAGGACGGGAAUAAGGUGCCUGGCGAGGAGGACGAGGGCGAGGAGGACUAUGGCUGGGGCAAGAUCUCCAAGGGCGGAAAGAGUGCUUACCUCCCCUUCGGCGCCGGACGGCAUCGCUGCAUUGGCGAGCAGUUCGCCAACGUCCAGCUUGGCACGAUCAUCGCGACGCUCGUCCGCGAGAACACCUGGACGCUCGACCAGGACUUCCCUGCCAACGACUACACGACGAUGAUCGUCAUGCCCGCCAAGCCCCGGAAGGUCACCUUCAAGCGCCGCGAGAAGGCCCUCUAG